GCCAUUAGCAGAAGAAUUAUUUCCCGUCAAAUUACGGCAGUGCUUGAUGAUUUGUCGAAAUUCAGUGUUUACAAGUGAAGCCAAUUUUAAUGUUUCCAGUCAUUCUAUUUUGUUUUUAAAGUAGCCAUCAAGUUAGAUAUCCUGAAAAAGACCUACCCUUAAGGUGAUGCCAGAGUGCAAAUGAAUCUCAAUUUUGCCCUUGCUUCUUCCAUACCAAGAACAGCCAAAGCCAAACCAAAGAUGAAAAGACAAAGAGAAGGGAUGCAGGUCAACGUCGCAGGUUUACGACGGAACAUCAUGAACCUGGCUCACAACUACUCUGGAGCCCAGGUAAAAGUGCGUGAGGCGACCAGCAAUGACCCUUGGGGCCCGAGCUCCACGCUGAUGUCAGAGAUUGCAGACCUGACGUACAACGUGGUCGCCUUCACGGAGAUCAUGCAGAUGGUUUGGAAGCGACUAAAUGACCACGGUCGCAACUGGAGACAUGUUUAUAAGGCGUUGGUGCUGCUGGACUACCUCAUCAAAACUGGCUCUGAGAAGGUUGCUCAACAAUGCAAAGAAAACAUCUUUGCUAUUCAAACCCUGCGAGACUUCCAGUACGUAGAAGAAGGAAAGGACCAAGGUAUCAAUGUGAGAGAGAAGGCCAAACAGCUGGUCUUGCUGCUGAAGGACGAAGAACGACUAAGAAACGAGCGAGCGAGAGCGUUAAAGGCAAAAGAACGAUUUGCCCAAACAGCGUCAGGCUUUGGAAGCGACACUGGACUGGACUCUGUUUCCCCUUCAAGUCCAGGAUUUCCAUCAUACAGAGAUGCGUGGGGAUCCGGCGAAGAAUCCACACCAACCAGUAGAGUUGCAGCCGUGGAAGCCCCGGAACUUGAGUGUGCUCGGCCACAGACCGUUGGAGAAGAAGAACUACAACUACAGCUGGCGUUGGCAAUGUCACGUGAGGAGGCGCAACAGGAGGAGCAGAAGAGACGGAGCGACGACGUACGAUUGCAACUGGCUCUAUCACAGAGCGAGAAUGAAUUUAAACAUAAAGUGCCGUCGAAAGAUCUGGACAUGCCCUCGAGCCACAUGUUGGAUUUGUUAGACGUAAAUUUGGGCGCUGCUAGUCCACCCCCCGCACCACUGGAUCCUUGGGGUAUGCCGUCCUCGCAACCCCCACCACCACGACCACAGACUCUUGACAUCAUGUACACAAACUGGGACUUGACUGAUCCGUGGAGCGUGACGACAAACAGCACUCCUAGUGUCAACGAUCCCUGGACACCAGCGUCUACGUCGUCUCAACCUCUGCCUCCCAAACCUGAUCCAUGGCGGGCAGUCGACCCCCCUACACCAGUGCCCCCCAAGCCCCCCAUGAACGACCCCUGGUCCCCCGCCAGCCCUGCGCUCAGUGUUAGCCCACCCCCGCAAAGCAAUGGCACCAACCUCACCUACAACAGUGCUACCAACAUAGCAAGCACUCCACUCAGUGAUCUAGACGAGUUCGAUCAAAUAUUAAACAGAGAUAGAAAUAUCAACAGUGUGAACAACAAUAUUACUGGCACCAUCAGCCCAGAUCCCUUUGACCUGACAGGCCUAACUAACUCACUGACGCCGUCCCCGUCUAACGUUCCACCGCCCAAGAAAACGCCUCAAAGCUUCCUAGGCGAGAACUCUGCUCUGGUGAACCUGGAAAAUUUAGUAACAAAAACUUCGCUCACGUCCGCACCCGCUGUGCCUACUCCUCCAGCUCUAGCCAACCCGUUUUCCAACAGCCCCACGAUGGUACGCCCCCCGAUCAGGACGCCUCCGUACCCCCCGGCCGUCCAGGCACCCCUUCUACCGCAGCCAAACCCCUUUCUAUCGUAACUCUUUCCAACUCCGAUUGUGGCUGUUACCUUUUAUACAGUUCCAAUGUUGCUUUCCAACUUUUAUUCUGUUUCAGUAUUUUUAUUUGUAAACGUUUGAAAAAGUUGUACAAUGUGGGGAGAGCGGAUGUGAUAAAUUGUUUCAGAUCAAAUUGUUUUAUGCAUUUAUUAUAGUGUCACUUUUGCCUUUUAAAUGUCUACAAUGUAAGGUGCUAAACAAAAUGAUUUCCGGGUGUACAUAGAGACUUAUUGUCCGUGCUUUAACGAAUGAGUCCAUUGUGUAUCUUUGUGCAGUUUGAUGUAUACACUUUUUGUAAUAAGUAAAUAUAUAUUACAGGAGAUAAUAUUAGUGAGGUCUGAGUUUUACAACAUUUCACAAAUAGACUACUUAAUGAACACACUUCUCAAAAUUGUUUGAUUAAAUACUGACUUUUUCUUAUACUACUAAAAUAAUUUAAAAUAAGUAAAUGGAAUGUUUCAUGAUGAGUUUUGAGUUUCAAGCGAAAUAUCAGAUCCAUCAACUGCACAUUGAUAUUGAUCCAAAGUUUUUUAAAAAGCCACACGGAUUUAACGUAACGGAAGGCCUUGGUGUAUGAAAGUUCACUUUAUUCACGACACCAAUACAUUAUUCUACAAUCACGUAUUAUAUGUAAUUUAAGUGUAUAUAAAGACUAGCGUAAGAAGGGGAAGGGCAGUAGCAAUAAGCCGCGGUUGAUUUUAUUUAGAGUAUUUAUCAUGAUUGUUUUAUUUUAUACCUUAUUAUCAGUAAACUAUGAGUCGGUUUUGAGUGGGUGUUGAAAUCGUUCACCAACUUUUAUAUUUAUUUAUUAUUUUGGAGAAACUUUUUUAUGAAUAACAAUCCCUAAUAAGUUAUUGGAGCGCUAGGUCGUAUAUUGUAAAGUGAAUAUGAAUAUAGGGUGUGUAUAAAGUAAAAUUAGGUUUUUACCACUAUCUGAUUACUUUUAACAGUUUAUUUAGUCGAGGGAAUGCUAUGUCAGGGGCCCCAGCUUUUUAUGAUGUAUAUGAAUAAGUUGGACAAGUCGAACAAUAAUUGUAUGAAUAUAACAAAAAAAGUCUACUACCGUAAUGAAAUCUAUGUCGCUUUUUUAAAAGGACUCUAAAACCAGUUGAUGAAGAAACAUGUUUAGUGAUUUUACAAAAAUCAAUAAUUUAUAUUAUUUUUCCUACAGUUACCUAACAAUGUACCAUGUUCUCACAUGUUCUUACAACGAAUGUUCUCACUGAUUUGAGAAAGCAAAGUGGCCAAUUCGCUCAUCAGUGAAACAAUGUUAACAUUGUCUCACUCUAAUUACUUUGUCUCACUCCAGAUUAGCAACGUGAAAAUAGUGGGCGCGUAACAUGCAGGCAAUGUCGUAUGCGCACGAAAUACGUUGGCAGCACUGGCUGUAAAUCAGCUGGUCAGCUGUUGUACUGUUGUAUUUGUCACUUCACAUUAAAUGUUAUAUUAAAAGUUCACUUCUGUGUAAAAAUUGGUUAUGUUUCUUCACCAAUUUAUUUGUUUUAUGGUAACUGUAGGAAAAGUAUAAUGUGCAACUCGAGUUCAAAGUACAAUUGCCUCACUCGAGAAACCAUUCCUCACUCGCCUAUGGCUCGUGAGUAAGGAUUUCUCUCAAGUGAGUCAAUUGCUCACUUUUCUCACUAGUUGCACAAAUAACUAUUAACUAUAUGAAUGUCCUUGCUAUGGUUAAAGAUUUAAAUUAUUUCUAUGUGUGUUUAAGUACUUCCUAAAAAUAAAGUACAGUAUGAGUUCACACAUUUUAUAUCAUUAAUUUUUUAACAGAAGGAUCGUUCCUUUGAAUUUGAUCUUGAAGAAAUGUAAUCGGUUUUUAACUUUGUAACUCAGAAUUAUUUGUAAAGUGAUAGACAAUACAAAUAACCUUCAAAAUUCUGAAUGGAUUAAAAAUCCAAAAGAUUUAUUGUUAAAAAGCUAUUGAGUUUAGAGAAUGGUUGUGAAACAUAUGAAAGAGGUUUGUAGAUAAAGUUCCUGAUAAAAAUUGUAUUUUUUUAUGUUAACUUAAAACCGACUCAUUCCGUAUUUAUUAAUAAAUUAGUCGAUUAUGCUAACAAAUUGUAAUUCGUUAUUUAAUGUAAAAACCCAUUGAGUCAAAGUACUUAAUAAUGGUAAUCUGUAAAAUGAAAUUUUCUUUCCUAAAUCAACUAAACUACUUGAAUAAAUUAAUAAAAUAUUGGUACUGGUUUAUAUUAUCAAUUGAGAUUAGGACACCACUUAUAGGUGUGUAUUUUAAAUCAAAUAUAAGUUAAGGAAUAAAGUGAGAUGUCUUGGGCAGCUUUAUUACUGAGUACUAACAAGUAACAAGUAAUAGUUUAUUCUUUGAUCAAUUUCAACCAGUAUUAAGUACUUUUCCUCAAUGAUAAAAUCAGUCAUUAUCUAUAUUAUGUUUAGUGUUAUUAUUUUAGUCUGAUUUCCUAUUAAUAGUUCUAUGUUACUUGGCUGGUCCUGUUAAAGUUUGUUUUCCACCGCUUAAAGAUGGUGGGGAUGCAUAUAAAGGCGAGAAUACUAAUCUUAUUUUACAUUUUGUAAGAUAGCACACUCAUUGUUAACACAGAACAUAUUGUUUAUUUUACUAUUUUGAGGACCGAUACUGAUUUUUAUCUGUGAAAAGUCUUUGUGUGUUAUUAAACUCUGUGGUUUAUUCUA